GUCAAGGUCGUGUGAACUGAUUGACCUUGAACUAGCGCGGCAGAAUUUGAAGGACAGUAGACUUUUCAUCAAUCCUGCAGAUGAUUAUCACUCUGGGUGGUUUUUUCUGUCUCUUACCCUGAAGACUUCAUCUUUUACUUCAGUUCCUGAGGGGAUACCUGUCAACCACAAAUAAUCUGGUUUCCUGCAAUGGAUAAUGGAGUGUUUUAUGAUCCAAAACAAAAUAUAGAACGUAUUUUCGAAGUGGAAAGGCUUUUUGGAUUCCCUUCUAAUAAACUAGUAACUUCAAAUCGGGUGUUAGUUGGGGAAGGUGUUUUGACAAAGAUAUGUAGAAGAAAGCCCAAACUGAGACACUUUUUCCUAUUUAGUGAUGUGUUAAUCUAUGGAAGGAUUGUAUUAAAUAGGAAAGUUCUUUGUAGCCCUCAGUUCAUAGACCUCGCUGACUCCUGUGUUAAGAAUGUCGUGGACAAUGGGAUCUACCGGAAUGGAUUUUCAAUUCUCAGUCCAAGAAAGUCUUUCACGGUUUAUGCGAGCACUUCUGAAGAGAAAACACAAUGGGUAAUUCAUCUGAAGAAAUGUAUUUCAAACUUUGCUUCUGGUGUGCAAUACGAUUCAGUUAGAAAAUCUCCAAUAUGGAUUCCGGAUUCAGAAGCAUCUCAUUGUAUGGUAUGUGGUACUACUGAAUUCAGUCUUGUUCAUCGAAGACACCAUUGUCGACAUUGUGGCAAAGUUGUUUGUGAUAAAUGUUCCACUUAUCGUUGGAUACUUCCCUAUCAAGGUUCAUCACGUGUACGUGUUUGUUCAGUCUGUCAUACUGAUUUGUCGACAGAGAAAUACAACUCACUCAUUCGUAAUAAUCAACAACAAUAUCAGUGUGGAAAAGAGAAUAAUCUAUUCAAUGUUACCACUUGUGUAACUAACAAUAGAGUUGAUGUUACUAAUGAAGUGGCUGACAAUUGUAUAAUUACACCAACCUAUCUUGGUGAUGUAAAUAUGAAUAAUGAUGAAUUAAAUACUGAAAGUGAUACAGAUUCAGAUACCGCUGAGGAGGAUAAAGUUGACAAAUUUAUUCAUAAUUGACUUGUUUAUAUAAACAACAUUGUAUUAUUUAAAUAGUAAAAUAAUCUGAAAUAAACAGACAAACAAACAACAACAACAAAAUGAAAAUAUAUUUACCUAAUUCAAAAACUAUGGAAGUUUAAUCUUGUUUUGUUUUUAUCCACUUUCAAUUUUAUCGAUUGUUAAACUAUUAAGUUUGAUCAUGUGUUUGUGUGUGCGUGUGUGUAUGUGUAUUAAACUCAUUGUUUGUUGUUUUUUUUAACUUCAAUUUACUUCUUCUAAAAACUUCCCCAUGAAUCAAUAAUUGUUUUUUAUUUAUUUAUUUUAAUAAUUAUUUAUACUCAUCUAUUUGUAAUUUGUAUAUUUAUCAUUCUUUUAUUUAUUCUGUAAUUUAAAUGUAUCUUGACAAUUAAUGAUUAUGCAACGUUUUUCUUGUGUAAUUGGUCUAGAAGGAAAUGAUUUUCUAAUAUAUAAAAUUAUACAAAUCGGAUACAGCUUUCAUUGAUUAUUGUUGAUUUUUUUUUGUAUUUGGCUCGAAAUUUGAUUAAUCAAGAGAAGGGAUGACUAUAAAUACUUUUCAUGUUGGUAAAUUAUGCUAAUACAAAGAUGAAUGUAAUGUAAUCCUUCUAAGUUGCUC